GAAAGAAAACUUUACUGUGUGUUCUAUUUUCUUAAGGAAAGCAUUUGACACAGAUUAUAUUCCAUUCUACUACAAAUAUGAGGCUGCAAGACAUUUAUAGACCUGUUGCAAGAUCAGUUCAAAUUUCUGCCUAUUGUUCAGAAGAAGCUCCUUCUUAAGGUUAUCUUUUGUUAUAUUUUUAAUUAGGAGUUCCAAGACUGGCUGAAAAGUAACUUCCACUAGUGAGGCUGGUGUUCAGCAGAUUCUUUGUGCCCACUGUCUGGCCAAAGAUGGCUUCAGGCAGUUACGGUAAAUAGAGCCAGCAAGCUGAAAAUUAUGAUUUGCUGUGAAACUUCCAUCAGCGGACCACCACAUUGUAACAGAUGGCUACAGAACCUUUGUUUGUCUAGUGGCCACUUACUAGCUGAUAUAACAACAGCUGCUUAGGGUCAUACCAAAUUAAGAAGCUGAACACCUGUAGCAUGUUGGAAAACGUGUUGUUAUUUGUUAUAUCCAAUGAAUAAUCCAAAGGAUUAUAGGUAAAACUCCCAGAAAUUCAAAAUUUAAAACUCUUCACUCAUUUUCCAAGUAAUAUAAUUCACAAGUAACAAAUGUUUUCUAGUUUGGUCUGUACCUUUAAACAGUUUGCUAAAUGCAAUAGUAAACACCCUUCUUAAACGGGAAGUUCUAAAUCUUGUGAUUCAGAGCGUUCUGCAACUUCAAAGAUUUCCUAAGUUCCUCUUCCUUCAAGCAGAAUUGUUUCCAGCGAGAUACAAGAAAUGGCAUCUUUCAACAAAUUAAAAAACAUGUUUAUGCUGGCAUUUGACUGGAUUCUGUAUGGUGCCGGUGCUACAGAUACCUGCCAAGUCACUGUAACACAACCCAGAUUCCAGGAAGCUGACUACUCCACGCACACUGUGUUCCUAACAUGUGCUUUCUCUGCCUCUGGAUGCUCCUCAUCCUCACCUCAAGUCCUAUGGUUUCGUUUUUUAACUAAUAAACAUGAGGAUUUGUGUACUCCUGGAUGCACAGAUGAGCAGAAGUACAAAGUACAUUCAUUAUCAGAAAAUAACAUUUCACUUCAGAUCAAUGAUCUGACUGUAGAUGACAAUGCUGUUUAUAUCUGUGGAAUAGCAUUUUCAGAUUCAAUUUCACCCCGUUCUAAACAAGCAGGAGAUGGAACAGUACUAACGAAAAAAGGAGCAGAGAAGCAGCACAGCAAUGGAAAACUCGUCUUCAUCUUCAUGAUCAUCGCCUCAUCCUUACUGUUUCUAUACAGCACUACUGUACUCACAUUCUUUGUAGUCUACAAGUUAAAACCAGAGCUGCUAAAGAAGAAUGGGAAUGAAGACCAAAGAACAGAGAACUGUAAAAUCAGUAGCGGACGAAAAAUUUUUCAGGCAAUUGCCCAAGAACUUCAAAAACAGAAGUAUGCUGAACACUGGCGACAGCCUGAUGAUGUGGAAGAUGACACUGUUUAUCAGAACAGAUGAGCAUGUGCAGCAGUUCAGAUUUGUUCAAUAUUUCUCUUGCAAGCAAAGGGGCAGAUGAAGUUAAGCUUCUUCACAGACUUCCUUUGCUUUAAAAAAAGAGGGGAGAAACCCCUGCAGGGCAGUGUUCUUCAAGAGUAUUUUCUAAACAGAUCACCAAAACCAAGUGCACUGUACAUUACAUCUGUGUUACAUAUGGCCUCCAUUUUCCAUUCGGCACGAAUAAGAUCAUGGGAAAAGACUUCAUCUUUCAUAAGGUAACUGCUAACGCUUUAUAGACGUUUCCUUUAUCAGUCUAUAUUUAAUUCUAUGUUUUUUUCUUUUUACGUAAAUUUACAUGUAUUCCUUUUACAUGAAUUGAGCAUUUGUGAAGGAUGUAUCGUAAUUGACAGCAACUGAAAAUGAACUUGUUUCACUGGUGAAAUGCUGUGUUUAGUCAUGUCAAUGUGAUAGCUAUCAAUGUAACAGAUGUAUUAAUCAACUAAUGUACUAAUCAGUUACUGAGUCUUAACAACAUCUUAACCAGAGCAAACUAUGUAUUCUGUAGACAGGCAAACAGAAAAAAAAGACAAUAUAAAUGCACGUAUUAUCAUGGUAAAGUUCAUUUGGGAUGGGAGCUUCUUCCUAGCCUAUUUAGGAAAUUAGUGGCCAUAGUGAGAAUGCUGCUCCUGCAAUAUUAAAAUUCACUUGCUAGACAGACAACCUCCACUUUCCAGUCCUACCAUCCAAAGUCAAGAUUACAUGGAGCACCAAGUUUUGUCUUCACAUGCUUGUUCAACAUGGAUACAAGCAUGAACACAAAAGCAUAUUACCUACACAAGGCAGCAUACUUUUUUAAAGAAAAAAAGUAACUUUUUUAAAAGCAUUUACUACCUACCCAAUCUACAAAGUCAGAACUUUUACAAGAGAUCUGUUAGUAGCAGAUAUUCAGACAUUCUCCCUGCUAAAGAACAGCUGUAUCUUUUAUCAUCAUUUUAAAAAAGCAAGGCUUUGUUUAGCAAAUGAAAUGGCAUUUCUCACUGCAGUGAGAACAGAAAACUGAGACAAAGCAAGGGUCCAUCUAGCACAGUACUGUGUUUCCAGCUCAAUUACUAUCAAGUAUUUCAGGAAGAUGGAAAACACACCUUUGUCUUCUUAUUCCUGUCAAUCAAUCACAACAGCAUUAUUGUGUUCAACAAGAAAAUUUCACAAUCCCAGGCUGCCAGUGUUUACUGCUUCUGAAGCACGGUGUCUCUGUCAUUUUUAUUUUAGAGGAACUUAAACCAGUCUAGUUAUAUAUUAUCUAAUAAUGCCUUUAUAUAAAUAUGAUGUCUAUAUUGGGAAAUACAAAGGAUUUUUGUAUGACCCUAUGGGAUACCUAAAAAUAUAAAGUUACAAUAAUACCUGUUCUUAUGUACUAGUCUAAUACCUUUAUGAUUUAUCUGGCUUACUUACCAAAUUUAGACAUGUGCAGUAAGUGCAUUACUUGUUGUUCUGUAUGUUGAAAAUAAAACUCUGAAAAGCCCCAGAAAGAGUUUGUGAUAAAGCUGCUUUGGACUCUAGGUGUCACUAUAAUUCCAGAAACAGUCAGCACAGAAAUGUAUUUUACCUCCUCCUCCACCUUGCUUUGUUCUCUUAAAGCAUGUUUUGUGUUAUUCACGUAGACAGUUUCCACAAUUACCCUCCCAUUACAUUACAUGGAAUAAUCCAAAUAUCGCAUUUUGAUUAUAAUAAUUUCUUCAUUUCUAGCAACUGAUUUAUACACUGACCAAACACCUUACCUGCCUCAUCUCUUCUCCAUGUGUUCCCCCCUCUAAAAUUCAGGUUUCUGUAGGUGGGUCCAAACUGUUUUUAAUUAGCUUCUAGAAGAAGUUACUUGAGCCAUGAAAUACUCUCCUCUGAAUGUUCCAAGUAUUUUUUUUUGUUGUUAAAUAUAAAGCAGAUGUACAUAUCUAACGCUUGUUAAAAUGUAUCAUCUUGUAGAGAACAGCUGAAUGAAAAUACUGAAAUUCUAACAUCAUUUGUACAUCAUGAAGACAGUCUAUUUCUUUAGACUACAGUUAAAACAGAUCUUAAGUGGGAAAGCUUCAGUGGAAUGACAGUAACUUUUGUGUGCACUAACUUCCAUUGUCUAAAGAAGUUUAUAUGGGCCCAUAUCCAUGACAGUGAUAAAUAGACAAACUGAGUAUGUUUUUAAGUUUCAGAACAAACUAAGGAAACAAAACUGCCUUAAGCAAAGUGACUAAUCUUCUACAAGUCCCCACCACAAACAAAAGUAUGACUUUGGUUUACAAAAUAUCUUACAACAGAUUUCUAUUUUCAACAAGUAGGAAUGACCAAAUUCAACAAUCACAGGUUUCCAGUCCCUUGGGAUUUGUAACUUUAACACUUUAAUCUCCUAGAGUAUACUGGGAGGAGAGUAAUGAAGGAUAUAAAGUGGACUUAGCACAGUUUCUUCCUAAAGUAUCUACCUCCUAUUGAGCCAGGAAGUUGCAUGUGGUCUGUCAUGUGGUUACCCAACAACAUAUAGAAAAGUAGAUGCUGCAUGCAAUAGCGAUUG